UCCAAGGCACAGCCAGCUCCCAGUCUCAUUCUUCUGUUUUUUCUUCUUCUAUCUUCUGUUAGCAUUUGAUUUGUGGCUCUCGACCUUUUCUUCAUCGCUCAAUUUGGCUACAGGGGCAACACCGAGUUUAUGUCAACAGUGGGGUACCCUGCAGAUGUAUGAUCUCUCCAGCCUACUAUCAUCUCUACCGAUUGGCAGGCAAGAUUUUGUUGUCAACAGCUUGAUCCACAUGUAUGCAAGCUGUGGAGAGGUCAGAGUUGCUCGCAGGGUUUUCGAUGGAGUGAGUAAAAGGAGUGUUGUUACAUGGAAUGCAAUGUUUGCUGGGUAUUUCAAGGCCGGGGAGUGGGAGGAGGUUAUCAAUUUAUUUAGAAGAAUGUUAGAGUUGGGAGUAGAAUUUGAUGAGGUUACAUUGAUUAGCGUUUUAACAGCAUGUGGGAGGCUCGGGGUGUUGGAUUUAGGAGAGUGGAUUGACGAGUACAUAAGGAAGAAUUUGAGUGACCCUAGUCAGAAUUUGAUGACUUCGCUUGUUGAUAUGUAUGCAAAAUGUGGAUGUGUCGAUAAAGCAAGGAAGUUGUUUGAUGAAAUGCCGUGCCAUGAUGUUGUUGCUUGGAGUGCGAUGAUUUCAGGGUAUAAUCAAGGGAAUAGGUGUAGAGAGGCGCUCGAGCUUUUUAAUAAGAUGCAAACUGGGAAUGUUGAUCCUAAUGAAGUGACAAUGGUUAGCGUUCUCUCUUCUUGUGCAGUUUUGGGAGCACUUGAGACUGGCAAGUGGGUACAUUCGUAUAUGAGAAGAAAGCGGAUGCAAUUAACUGUCAAUCUUGGAACAGCAUUGGUGGAUUUCUAUGCAAAGUGUGGAUGCAUUGAGAAUGCGCUAGAUGCUUUUAGGAAAAUGCCACAUAAGAAUGCGUGGACUUGGACUGUGUUGAUUCAAGGGUUGGCAAGUAAUGGACAAGGACGAGAGGCUCUCACGUUCUUUGCUUCUAUGUUGGAAGCUAACGUUGAACCAAACGAUGUCACAUUUGUCGCUGUUCUCUCUGCCUGUAGUCAUACAGGUUUAGUGAAAGAGGGACGGUAUUAUUUUGAUAGCAUGAGUCGAGAUUAUGCAAUUAAUCCAAGGGUCGAACAUUAUGGCUGUAUGGUUGACAUACUUGGACGAGCAGGCCUUAUUGAAGAGGCAUAUGAUUUUGUUAAGAGAAUGCCUAUAAAGCCUAAUGCAAUAAUAUGGAGAACGUUGUUGUCUGCCUGUAAAAUUCACAAGAAUCUGGAGAUUGGUGAAGAAUCAUUGAAGCAGAUUGUACUAUUGGAGCCUAGGCAUAGUGGAGACUAUAUACUUCUCUCAAGUAUCUAUGCAUCUGUCGGCAGGUGGGAGGAUGCAGUGAGAGUGAGAAACCAAAUAAAGGAGAAAGGGAUUAAGAAAAUCCCAGGAUGUAGUUUGAUGGAAUUGGAUGGCAUGAUCUAUGAGUUCUUUGCUGAAGACAAUGCACAUCCUUAUUCUGAGAAGAUAUAUGAAAAGAUUGAAGAAAUUGUCAGUCAAAUUAAGGAAGCAGGUUAUGUGCCAAAUGUUGCAGAAGCAAGAUUAGAUGCAGAGGAAGAAGAGAAAGAGGUUUCGGUUUCUCAUCACAGUGAGAAGUUAGCAAUUGCUUUUGGUCUCAUGAAAGCUCCUCCUGGAGCUGCUAUUAGGGUGUCAAAGAAUCUCAGAGUAUGCAUGGAUUGCCAUGAAGCUACAAAAUUCAUGUCUAAGGUUUACAAAAGGGAAAUUAUCGUGAGAGAUCGGAAUAGGUUCCAUCAUUUCAAAGAUGGGACUUGUUCAUGCAAUGACUAUUGGUAAACCAGACUCCGUACUUUCAUUAAAUUCUUGACACAUGAAGAUGGUUUUUUUUGCUCUCUACUGCAAUCGGUGUGUUUUACUUGGACCAUGAUCGGAUACACAAGAUCCUUUGGAAGGGGAGGCUGAAGAACAAUACUGAUGUGUAGAGAGGAGAAAAUAGAGAAACAAACUAAAUGCAGCAGAGGAAGGAUAUCUCUCUGUCUUGAGGAAGAAAAUGAUUUGAAUCCUCAUUCAGAAAAUCAACAACAGAAACUCCUUCAUUCUCGGUCUCCUCAUUCUGAAACUUCUAAAGGAAGAACAAACGGGUCUAUUCAAGGGCCUGUACAUUGCGAGUUCAUGCUUCCAGGGCUAUCGAUUAUUAAAUCUUGGAGGGUAGGCCGUAGUAUACCUGUUGCACUGGGAAAUAUUCUCAGAGAGACAAUCUAACAUGGCAUCUCCAUGCCUCCAUCACUUGAUAAGUUUCCCUUCAAAAUUAAUCCAUAAUAAUUGUUAAUUUUCAAACAAUGUUAUUGUAGUGUUUAAUUAUUCAUUAUAAAUAAGAUGUUCUGUUUGUUGUUUAUGCAUAAUAGUUAUCAUAUUGUUUUAUGAAUAAGACGUUUUUGUUGUUUAUGUAUAAUGAAAGCCACCGACUGGA